AGAUCUGGGGGAGAAGCAAUUGCUGCAGGAUUGCCGCACACCCGAUGGCUGCGGCUGCAGAGUGAGCGGAGCGCUCCUUCCCCUCCCGGCUGCUCUCGCCUCCCGGAGCUGAACGAUAGAGCGGAGGGUGCCGCAGACGCCUCCAGCCAUGGCGGGGACCGAAGGCGUCACGGCAGAUGGAGCCCCAACAUCUGCCUAUGCUUCUCCAGCCAGGAGUCUGGGAGACCCUGGAAUAACACCACUGUCUCCAUCACAUAUUGCGAAGGACUCAGAUGCAAAUGAUGCAGAGGAACAAUCAUUUCUUGUCAUUGUGGCUGUUGAUUUUGGGACAACUUCCAGUGGCUACGCUUACAGUUUCACCAAAGAACCAGAAUACGUUCAUGUCAUGAGGCGAUGGGAAGGAGGAGACCCUGGGGUGUCCAGUCAGAAGACACCAACAACUAUCCUCUUAACUCCAGAAAGAAAAUUCCACAGUUUUGGUUAUGCAGCCAGAGAUUUCUAUCAUGACCUAGACCCUAAUGAAUCAAAGCACUGGUUGUAUUUUGAGAAGUUUAAGAUGAAGCUGCACACAACUGGAAAUCUCAAUCUGGAAACAGACCUGACAGCUGCAAAUGGAAAGAAAGUCAAAGCACUUGAAAUAUUUGCUUAUGCUCUGCAAUACUUUAAGGAACAAGCAUUAAAGGAGCUGAGUGAUCAGGAAGGUUCAGGGUUUGAAAAUUCUGACAUACGAUGGGUCAUCACUGUGCCAGCUAUCUGGAAGCAGCCUGCAAAACAGUUUAUGAGGCAAGCUGCAUAUAAGGCAGGAAUGGCAACCUCUGAGAAUCCUGAACAACUGAUAAUCGCCCUGGAGCCAGAGGCAGCAUCAAUCUAUUGCAGGAAGCUCCGCCUUCAUCAGAUGAUAGACUUAAGCAUCAAAGGACCUGCCAAUGGUUAUAACCCCAGUGACACCAUCAGCACUGGCUUUACUCCAGCUAAAGAACAUAUACGGCGUAACCGGCAGAGCCGCACCUUUUUGGUUGAAAAUGUCAUAGGAGAGAUCUGGUCCGAGUUGGAGGAAGGUGACCGUUACAUAGUGGUUGACAGUGGAGGAGGAACAGUUGAUGUGACUGUCCACCAGAUCAGAUUACCAGAAGGACACCUGAAGGAACUCUACAAGGCAACUGGAGGGCCACAUGGUUCCUUAGGCGUGGAUUAUGAAUUUGAAAAACUCCUGUGUAAAAUAUUUGGAGAAGAUUUCAUUGAGCAGUUUAAAAUCAAACGUCCUGCAGCCUGGGUGGAUCUGAUGAUAGCGUUUGAAUCUCGCAAGAGGGCAGCAGCUCCGGACCGGACUAACCCACUCAACAUUACUCUGCCUUUCUCAUUCAUUGAUUACUACAAGAAAUUUCGAGGUCAUAGUGUGGAGCACGCCUUAAGGAAAAGCAAUGUGGAUUUUGUGAAAUGGUCAUCACAAGGAAUGCUGAGGAUGAGUCCAGAUGCAAUGAAUGCCCUCUUCAAACCCACCAUUGACGAAAUCAUAAAGCACCUCAGUGAUCUGUUUGAAAAACCAGAAGUUACUAAAGUGAAAUUCCUGUUCCUGGUGGGUGGAUUUGCUGAAGCUCCACUACUACAACAAGCUGUCCAGGAUGCUUUUGGCUCAAAAUGUCGAAUCAUCAUUCCCCAGGAUGUAGGGCUUACAAUCCUCAAGGGAGCAGUCUUGUUUGGUCUGGAUCCUGCUGUCAUCAAAGUGCGCCGGUCUCCCCUAACCUAUGGCGUAGGGGUCUUGAAUCGGUAUGUGGAAGGGAAGCACCCUACAGAGAAGCUGCUGGUUAAAGAUGGCACGCGCUGGUGCACCGACGUCUUUGACAAAUUCAUCUCUGCUGACCAAUCGGUAGCUCUUGGUGAGACUGUGUCACGCAGUUACACUCCUGCCAAACCUUCGCAGCUGGUCAUUGUGAUCAAUAUCUACAGCUCAGAACAUGAUAACGUCAGAUUCAUAACUGAGCCAGGAGUGAAAAAGUGUGGUACCCUCCGUUUGGAUCUCACUGGAACGGAUAUAUCAGUGCCAAGCCGGAGGGAGAUCAAAACGCUUAUGCAGUUUGGGGACACGGAGAUUAAAGCCAUGGCAAUUGAUGUUGCCACUUCUAAAAGUGUCAAAGCUGGUAUUGAUUUCCUAAACUACUAAUAUUCCUUCCCUGCCCACUGCCUAUUAUUUCAGUGUCCAAUUCUGUCAUUUUUCAUGUGUCACCAAACAGACUUGAAUUUUAGCUAGACUGAUUAGGAUAGCCGUUAAAAAGGAACAUGCCAGGCUUUUUGUUCUUGUUGUCCUUAAAAUGAUCUUUUAAGGAGUCUGAAUACACAGU